AUGGCAUACUUUGAGUUCUUGGAGGUCAAGAAAGACCAUCAAGAAACUGGUCAUGAUCUCACAGAGAACCAUGUGGUCGUUGAUCUUGUUGAUGUUAAAAUUGGUCAUGAUUAUGAACCUGUGGUAACAACGUUUUCUGGUUUGUAUAGGUACCGUGUGGGUGACGUUUUACGAGUGACUGGUUACUACAACAAUGCGCCAAAGUUUCGUUUCGUGGGAAGACAAAAAGUUGUUCUAAGCAUCGACAUGGACAAGACCUACGAAGAAGAUCUCCUCAAGGUAGUGGCAAAUGCUACGCUCCUGCUUGAGCCACAUGACCUAAUGCUCACUGACUUCACUAGCCGUGUGGAUUCCUCCUCGUUUCCACGACACUACGUGCUCUACUGGGAACUCGGGAGCAAAGUCAAGGACGUUAAGGUCGAGCCCGACCCGAAGGUUAUGGAGAAAUGUUGCUUCACCGUCGAGGAGUCUCUUGACUCGGUCUACAGAAAAGGACGAAGGAAUGAUAAGAACAUUGGACCGCUUGAGCUUAAGGUUGUAAGAAGUGGGGCCUUUGAUGAGCUCAUGAGUUUCUUCGUGUCUCGAGGCUCUUCUGUGAGUCAGUACAAGACGCCGAGGUCAGUGACGAAUGAAGAUGCGGUUAAGAUAUUGGAGGCGGCUGUUGUUUCAAAGUUUGUUAGCCGGAAGAUUCCAUCGUGGGAGCUGCACGAACUGCAUUCUAGCCGAUAA